AUGGAGAUGAUAUUUCAGGCUAUUCAGUGCACCGAGGAAGAGAAGGUGAUCUUUGCUGCUCAGAAAAUAAAGGGACCAGCAGGAAGAUGGUGGAAUGCGGAGUCUACGUAUUUCACUAACCGAGGGAUUCCUAAGGAUUGGCAACAUUUCAAGACAGCUUUCUUGGAGAAGUACUACCCCAACAGUGUGCGUGCUUUGAAGGAGCGUGAGUUUCAGUCCUUCAAACAAGGCAACAUGUCGGUGUCUGAAUAUGUUGAGAAGUUUGAGGACAUGGCUGCCUAUUCCAGACAAGCAGCUUAUGCACCAGAUGAGUGUUGGAAGAUUGAUCAGUUCCUUAUGGGGCUGAAUGCUGAUAUUGUACACAGCGUGUCUCAAAGGGAGUUUACUACCUAUGUUGAGUGUUUGAGGCAAUGCUAUGUUGCUGAAAACACAUUGAAGAGAGUCCAAGAUGAAAGAGAACAGAAUAAGCCGGUUCGUAGGGAACAAGGAAGGUCGGGACAACAUUUGAAACCCCGCAAUUCUCCAGCUAUGAAGAAACAGGUCUAUGGAGAUCGCUCUACUCAGCCUCCCCGAUGUGGUAGAUGCAAGGCAAACCACUUUGGGAAUUGCAAGCUAGAUCUUGUGAAAUGUUAUAAGUGCAAUCAGUUGGGACAAUUUGCAAGGAGUGUUCUAUUACCUUCAAUGGUCGUAGAUUCGUGA